AUCAAAUGUGUGACAUCAAUGCGCCUUAUAAACAGACCAUUAUAAAGUAGUGGUAAAGUUGGCAAGAGAGAAGGAGCAUGUUAGAUUAGAUUGACAUCUCUCUUUUUCCCUGCCCCAGAGUAUGCUGUUUGACUGUGAAUAUGCUGAAGAUGGAAUUCCAGCAAGGUUUUGCUCUACAAUGGAGCAAAAACAUGUCGACCCCAGGAUCAGAGAGCUGAUGAAAUCUCCAGUGGGCCGGUACCUGAUUGAGCACCCAUUCGUUGCACUGACCUUAAUGGUCUUUACAGUCAUGGCCACCGUUCCCAUUGGACUUUUCCUUGGCUUCGCUUUAGUGACAUUUGCUGCCACAACAGUAUCUGUGGUCUUUAUAGAAGUUUUCCUGCUGGCGCUAGGAGGGGCUACUUUGCUGUGUGCUCUGGGCAGCCUUGCCAUUGCUGCAGUGGGCAUAUCGUCCCUUCUGACCAGCUGCUACCUCGCCGUCUCCUGCAUAUACAAGCUGUUCUACAGAGAACGCCUUCCUGAGAUGAGGAAGAGAUGGCUAAAGGCGAAACAUGAUUGAGGUAGAGGACCCUUAACCCCAACAACAACAACAACAAAAGAAAAAACGAGAUGUUUGUCUACAUCGCCAUAGAAGCUGUUAAGUGAUUUCAUUGAUAUUUUGACAGAUAUACAGUACAUAAAUCAGGGUUCCCACACCUUUUUCAUGAACACAUUCAAGCACUUUUCAAGCACCAAAUUUUCAGUUUUCCAGCACCUUUAAUAGGUCGCGGGAAGGGGGUGUGGGGGUCCUCCCCUGGAAAAUUUUGUGUUUUUAAGAUGCAAUUUCCUGCAUUCUAAUCAAUUUUAGGGUGUCGAAUGGCAAAUCCCAUCUGACAUCUCACUCCCUCAGAUAUUUGAUGUACCUGAACAAUCUAUUUCUAUUAUUUGGCUUACUGAGUUUGACUUGACACAAAUUUCAAGCAUUUUCAAGCACUUCACCAAACAUUCAAGUAUUUUCACAACCUUGAAAACACUUAAUUGAAAUUCAAGCAUUUUCAAGGAUUUCAAGCACCAGUGGGAACCCUGAUAAAUAUAUAUAUAUAAUUUCCCUCGGGAUCAAUAAAUGAUAAUCUACUCUACUCUACUAUACAGUGGUAUGAGUAAGUUUAGGCACCCUUUCGGAAAAUCAUUACAUCGGUUUAUCUCUGGUAGAGCUGUUGAAGCAGGAACUUCAUUAGGACAUACUGUAUGUUAAACCAUAGGGAUAGAGAAACAUUUCAGUUGAGAAAUCAUUUUAAUACGUGUAAAAGAAACCAUACAAAAAUAGACAUGUGCAUAAAUGUGGGCACCCCAAAGAAGCUAUACCAUUAAUAUGAAAUAGUGCUCACCUUUACAGCAGAAACGUAUUUUAAUAACUUUGUAAGGCGUUCAGUAACUAAGACAGACAGACUGGGUAAUAAAAAUGUAAUUUAUCAUACAUAAAGCAGACUGUGCUUGCCCCUAAGUUCUGCCUUGGAGAGUGGCAACAUAGGGGGCUCUGAACAACUCUUUGUUGACGUCCAACUAAGAAAAACUAAGAAUAAGGUGAAAUGUGAAGACAUGGGAAUGGAAAGCUUGGAAAGCCAUGGGAAUGGUCUUUGUGAAAGGAAAUGUGGCAUGUUGAAAAAAGGUUAACAAGGCAUGGGUAAAGGAUGGUACGAAUGGUAACAGGCCCACUAUAGACCACCUCCAUAAAACUACAAAAACAUAGCUGCUGAUUGUGCAGACUUAGAAAUUGGUCCUUCAGUGUUUAGUUUUCACAAGGCACAAAAGCUCAUUGGAUGGGUGAUGCAUAAAAAGGCUUUCCUGUGUAUUCAUCAUCACCAGAAAUAAGUUGUAUGACUUGUGAAAAAAGCACAUCUGAGCAAACUAAAACCAUUUUGUGAAUCAUACUAUGGUCAGAUGAGACUGAGCUAGAGACUGAGCUAGAGUUGUUAUUAUAUAUUAUUACAAGUUAUUAAAAUACGUUUCUGCUGCAAAGGUGAGCUAUAUUUCAUAUGAAUAGAAUACCUUCUUUGGGUGCCCAUAUUUAUGCACAUGACUAUUUUUGUUUAAAUCCACACAAAAUUGUUUCUGUUACACCUAUUAAAAUGAUUUCACAACUGUUAUAUUUCUCUUUCCCUAUGGUUUUACAUAUGCCAAAAUGAAGUCGUUGCUUCAAAAGUUCUACCAGAGAUAAACCGAUGUAUUGGUUUUCAAAAAGGGUGCCCAAACUUUCUCAUACCAAGGUAUUAUCCACACCAGAGUGUGGUUUAGGUAAGGUUGGUUUUCAUUUGCCUUUAAUAGCCAUGGCUUCAAUGUCGCCUUCAGUGACCUCUUACACUGGGGGCGCUCUGGCACUGUAGCCAUUUCUCAGGUUUUUGACUGAAUAUAUUCAGCAAUCAAAAUAGUUGUAAGUAACUACUAACUGGGGAGACGAUAUUUAUAAGAAAUUGAUUUUUUCUUGAAAAUGAGAUGUACAAUUUAAUUGAACACAAUUCAACCUUUUUUUUUGAUAAUACUGUACAUAUAUCAUGGGAAAUGAAUUGCCAAGUACUGUAAUCUUGUCCAAUAUUUGUAUAGACGAAAUAAGGCCAACACUACAUUGCAUUUGAAACAAAAUGCCGACUUUGAAAACAUCCUAAUCAAGCACCUUAACUAUAUUUGUAACACUGCACUGUGCCUUUUUGCUGUUGAUAAUGUUCAUCUGCCUAUCAUUUGUACACGGAUACAAUCUGUUUGGUUACAAAUUGUACAAGGGCCCAAAAAAAAGCUCAACUUGAAAAUGCUUUACAUCUUAUUUGAACGGCUUUCUCUAGUUUUGAUAAUUACACCAUCCUGCAGGGUGUAAGAUGGGUCCAUCCAUGACCUAUUUGGCAUUACCAUGGGGUCACAACAGCCUAAUUUAAGAAGAGUCACACUGUGCAAAACCAGCAAAGCAUGAUGCAUGCUGCUGAGUAAUUUUGUCUGACAGCUGGAGGGUGAGAGGGUUGGGUACGGGUGCCCUUGGCACCUCACCUCAUCACCCCAUGCAAGCAAGGCACCUGUAGUUAGACUGGGCAGCUGUUUUUUUCCAGCCACUCCUCGAAAACAGUAUCCCCCCGCCGCAGCACUACACACAAUGUUAAUUCCUGUAUAAGUAGCUGUAAGGCAUGUACUAAGCAAAAUCAAACAUUUGUUAAGUCCUUACUAAGGUUAUAUUAGUAAUAAAUCCACAAUUGUCUAUGAACAAGACAUUUGCAAAUACAUACCUAACAAAUGUUUGAUUUUGCUUAGUGCAUGCCUUACAAGUUACAGU